GCAUUAUAGUUAAAAUUUAGAAAACGCGAAAAGAAAUCAACUUGAUUGAUGUAGUUUAUUCGAUUUGUGUUUAAAUGCUGAAGAGAUUUGCCGCAGGGAAAAGUUAUAUUGAUGUUGCAAGGAGAGAAUUAUUUACGAUCAUUCGCCAUAUUCACCGGGGUUAUCAUUUUUGAUUCUAGGGUCGACAGAUUCGCGUUUGAGCAUUCAAAACUGCUCAAUUGCGAAAUAAUCCUUACAGUUCCAAUUUCGUAGAUGCAAUCAUUUUGAACUAAUAUAACGAAAAAUUUUUUUUCGCGAUACACAUCGCGAAAUAAAUUUAUUUCCGCCGCGCAGAUUCGAUAGUCUUCGAAUAUCUUCGAAGAUGUCGAAGAUUUUCAUUUCGGGAUUUAUAGCUUAAUAAAUAACUAUUUAAUAUUUCACCAACUGUAAUUAACUUUUCUACAUUGGUACGCGCAAAUAUUGAAUAUUAUACAAAGCACUUAUUAAUAUAGAAUAAAAAGAGAAAAUUCAGCGAUUGACGGCUCUAUAUUAUUGCACGGUAUACACAUAAAAUUAAUUUAUGUUUUAAUCAUUUUAAUGUAUAAAAUGUAGAAAAAAAAGAAUUCAAUUGAUUUCUCUCAUCAUUGUGACGUCACAGAGACCUAACAUGGCUGUGGAGAGCAGAAAGGAGUCUUAGGGACUCGUAACUACGAGAGCAAAGGUCCCUCAGUUAGUCUCUUGAUCGAUAACGCUUAAAUCGUGCCGCGCCUCGGUCGUAUUACUGUCAAUGGCGCCUUUUUUUAGCACGCGCGAUUUGUGUCUCGCGAUGUAAUCAUAUAGUCGCUGCUACACGCUCAAGUCUCAACGCUGUCGAGCCACACUCAGUCGAUCGCGGUCGUCGCUUACGGACGUGUGUCGGUGUGUUCCACCUCGCCGCCUCCAUCCGUGCACGAUAACCAGUCGACGAUGUCCACGCGUACUUGAAAGACGAGAAGCGAUAGAGAGCAUAUGUCACCGUCGUUGGGGCAUACUGGGAACGUUUACUUUUGGCGUCAUCGCGCGGUGAAACCUCGCGCCAUGUGUCUCGUGAGGAAUCGAACGGUCAAAGGUUCCCGACUGGAAUCUAUCGCGUGAGAUUGGAUAUUCAGUCGGCAAAUUUUCAGAGAAUAUAGUUCGAAAUAUUUUCGCAUUCCUGCGACACCCUUAUUGCUCCUAUUCGUCUGACGAGACAACGGAGGUCUACAGAAAAUUACACUGACGACGUGAUUCUCAAAUGAUCAAUGAAAAAGGAUCUGGAACUUGAACGGAAGAACAACAGAGAAAGCGAGAGAGAGAGAUAACGAAAAAAUAUAAGGACAGAAAAGACAUUGAUAUUGUUGGACUUCAACAUUCUUUGUUGUUUGCUGUUUCGAAGGAAAACGCUGCUUUCAAAAGCACCGCCACAUAGCAGUGCGCGGUGCGCCUGUACCCGGUACAACAGAAAUCUAGAAUUGGACUGGAAUGAAAUAACUCCGAGUUUUAAUUUUCGCUCCAAGUAAAGAUGGUAGCUGUACCGGAAAGAGGAUACUUCCAUUGGAUCGAUUGGCUGGUGUUUGCACUUAUGCUCCUCGUGUCUGCCGCAGCCGGCUUAUGGCACUUCAGACGAGCGCAAAAGUCGAACACAGAGGACUACCUGCUUGGAGGAAGGAGCUUAGGACUCUUUCCCGUGUCCGCUUCCCUCGUCGCCAGCUUCAUAUCAGGCGUGACGAUUUUGGGCACACCGGCGGAGAUCUACAACUUUGGCACGCAAUAUUGGAUCACGAUCAUCUCGAUUCUUUUCUCCGGCAUCGUAGUCGCCACGGUGUACCUUCCUGUCUUCACUACCCUACAACUUAACUCCGUUUACGAGUAUUUGGAAAUUCGAUUCGGUCGAGCCGUGCGGAUUCUGAUUUCUUCAAUUUUUGUUUUUGACGUGGUUCUUUACCAAUCGAUCGUUGUCUAUGUCCCCGCGUUAGCGCUAAACCAAGUGAGCGGCAUCAAUAUACAUUUGAUCGGAGGCAUUGUAUGCGUCGUAUGUGUUUUCUAUACCGUUUUGGGCGGUAUUCGAGCAGUGGUUUGGACAGAUGCGUUACAAGUCGGCGUGAUGAUAGCGGCGGUUAUUUCAGUUGCCGCUCUAGGGACCUAUCAAAUGGGAGGAGUGUCUGAAAUUUGGAAUAGGGCCACCGAUGCCAAUCGCAUCGAAUUUUUCAACUUCGAUCCAUCGCCUUAUACGAGACACACCGUUUGGACAGUACUGAUUGGUUCUUGGUUGUACAGUACCGCGUAUAUCGCUGUCAAUCAAACUAUGGUGCAACGAUACAUAUCGUUAAAAAGCACAAAGAUAUCUCAAUUAUCCAUUGCGAUAUUUACUGUCAGCAUAAUGGUGUUUAUUUCAAUAUGCUGUUGGUGCGGACUAGUCCUUCUCGCUUGGUGGUCGCCACCGAAAUGCGAUCCAAGAGCUUCCGGCUUAAUUACGGCCGACGAUCAAUUGUUGCCGGCUUAUGUCAUGGAGGUUGCCCAUCAUUUGCAUGGGAUACCUGGCCUUUUUAUUUCCGGAAUUUUUGGCGCGGCGCUCAGUUCAUUAUCAGUAGGCUUCAACUCGACUUCCGUUGUGAUUCUGGAGGACUUUGUUAAAGGUUGCUUUAAAAUGAAGCCCAACGAUCGCUGUUCCACGAUUUUCGUGAAAACCCUUAUCAUCCUGUUCGGUUUGUUGGCGCUAUGUUUGCUUUUUUUGAUCGAGAAACUAGGAGGGGUUUUAGCUGUAACGGGUAGUUUGGCCGCCAUCGCUGCCGGAACUUCCUUUGGCGUAUUUACUCUGGGAAUUCUGUUUCCGUGGACAAAUUCUAAGGGUGCCUUCGUUGGUGCCAUUGCAGGAUUCAUAAUGUCCGGAUGGGUCAGUUUUGGUGCUAAUGCGGCUAUUGGUUCUGGUCUCGUGGUGCCAAAGAAAUUACCAGUUCCACAGUGCGCGGGAAAUGUCAGCCAACAUUUUUUAAAACAAUUCGAAUGGCCCAACGAAGAUGACGUCUUCCCAUUGUAUCGGUUGUCCUACCACUGGGUUGCCCCUAUUGGCACGCUAGUCGUACUUGUGGUAGGUGGAAUUGUCACCUGGGUGACAGGAGCGCGAGAUCCUUCGUCGAUCGACAAAAGUUUGCUCUCUCCAGUGAUUCACAGGUGGUUACCACGACCAAAAUAUCCAAGAGAGGUGGAUGAAUCGUGUGGACGACCGGUAUCAACCGAUCUACAAGUAUCGGCGAAUUUAUUAUCGAUUGUUCGCCGAAAAUCGCAACCUGACAUUCUAUAGAACAGAACAAACAUUCGCAAACAUAUUGUGAUCAAUCGAUAGAUAAAUACGCAUUACGAGAUAUUUAAAUUCUUUUUGUAGGCAUUUUAUACCUAGGGAAUUUUACCGCUUUUUCAAAGUAUGCAUUUACGAAACAUAAUAUAUUAUAUAUAUAUAUAUAUAUAAUGUACCUCCGAUUAUCAAAAUUACGUUUCAAUUUUGAAUAAUCGAACUAACUGAAUCUAAUGAAUGUUUUACAUUAGAUACCAAUUCAAUGUACUUGGAGUCAAAUGUGUAAAAGAGAAAAUAUAAAAUUAUAUAUUUUUGAUAUGUCAGUACAUACUACAACAUAUGUACAACAUAUGCCAUAUAUAUCAUAAU